UUUAUUAUUUACAUAUUUUUAUACAGCCCGUGUCACUUAAAUAGCCUCACAAAUUUUUAAAUUAUUUUUGUUUGUAUUAAAUUAAUAUCACAACUAUUGUAACAUAUUUUAAAUACUCGUACAGUGUCUAUUGCGAAUCACGCACGAAUAUGUUCGAACCUGCACACGAUGCACUGCGCAAGGUGCAAUUAUUGAUAAAUGUUGAGGAAUUUGUCAAGACGUCUGGGAGCUGGAUAUUGGAAUUGUCAUAUUUUGAAGAAAUUUAUCAGCGGUACUGGUUGUCAGAAUAAUAAUAACAGCAAGAUGGUUAAAUACUUGAAGCAAACAGAGGCGAUAAAUGUUGAUAAAGAUUUAUUUGACAAGUACAAAUUCAGCGUUGAUCAAUUGAUGGAACUGGCGGGUCAAAGUUGCGCAAUAGCUGUUGCCAAGACGUAUCCAUUGGCGGGUAAUAAAAAUGAUUAUGUUUUAAUAUGCUGUGGUCCUGGUAAUAAUGGUGGAGAUGGUCUCGUGUGUGCCAGACAUUUAAAACUAUUUGGAUACAGUCCUGAAGUAUAUUAUCCCAAGAAAACUACCAAUAAAUUGUAUGAAAAUCUAUUGCACCAGUGCAGAGAAAAUGAUAUUCGUAUACUGGAUGAUACUGCGGCUAUAAAAGACACAAAAGAAUAUAGGGUUAUUGUCGAUGCGUUGUUUGGAUUCAGUUUCAAGCCACCAGUCAGAGAGGAAUUUGUUCCUAUUGUCGAUUUAUUGAAAACUGCAGGCACAAAUAUUUGCAGCAUCGACAUACCUUCGGGUUGGGAUGUCGAAAAUGGUCCACCAGACGGAGGGAUCAAUCCGGAGACUUUGAUUUCACUUACGGCUCCGAAAAUUUGCGCUAAAUAUUUUAAGGGGAAGUACCACUACCUGGGAGGUAGAUUUGUCCCCAAAAAACUGGAGGAAGAAUAUGAUUUACAGUUGCCCGAGUAUCCCGGGACAGAGCUCGUUGUUUUGCUGUAAAUUGAUAAGCUUUUUGUAAUUUUAUAAUUUUGGCGGGAAGAUUUAAUAGGGAGAGGGAAUUUUGAAAAUUAUAAUUUAAAGAAAUAAAUAAAGACAUUUGUUAUCAGAAA